UAAAACAGAAAUACCUACGCCUCUAAGGCUGACUGGUGGGGAGAUUUGGGUUCUUUUCCGAACAAAAUCCGAGUAGAGAGAAUAUAUAUUUUUUAAUUGAAUCAGUAAUAGAUGGGUAAUUUAUUGGCGAAGAAACCCAAGAUCACCGAAGUUGAUCGAGCAAUUCUCUCAUUAAAGACUCAGAGACGCAAGCUUGGUCAAUACCAGCAACAGCUUGAGGCUGUUAUAGAAGCCGAAAAGCAAGCUGCUAAAGAUUUGAUUCGUGAAAACAGAAAGGAUAGAGCUCUGUUAGCGUUGAAAAAGAAGAAAGCUCAAGAAGAUCUAUUGAAGCAAGUUGAUACGUGGCUUAUUAAUGUUGAGCAGCAAGUAAUAGAAACUGAAUUUUCAUAGUUUUUAAUUUAGUUU